CCCAGGCCUGGGGGUGCAGGCAGCAGCUACCUCCAGACCCGCUCUCCCCAGGACAUGUUGCAUUCUCCUGACUCAACACUUCUUGUUUCAAAGGCAGAUGAUUAGUGUAGAGCAGCAUUGUGCUGGGCAGGUUACAGGCAGCCAAGAAGCCAAGGGCUCCAAUCCUUGGCCUCGCCGAGCAUGAAGGGGAUUUAAAAAUGGUCCCCAACCUUUCUCUCCCCUGCUUCCCCAGCUCGCACGCAGUGAGGGGCUGGACGUCAGGCCUGCCCAGUCUAUGCCCACUCUGCAGACACCUCUAAUGUUGAGUGCUGUUGCAAUACCACGGUUCGGGGGGUUUCUGUAAUGGUGCCUAGUGAGCGGCAGCAAUUAUUAUUGUGAUUUAAAUGAAUGAAAGUCUCCUGGCACCCAGACCCAGCCUGCAAACCUUGAUGGGGUUGUCUAAAUGAGUGUUCAGAAUGACUUAAACACUUGGGAACCUGACUCUCCUUUGGUUUUCAGUCAGAUUUAGGCUCCUAAGUCACUUAGGCUCUGUGGAAAGUGCAUCCUUCUGCUCCUCCUGAGCGUGGCUAGUUACAGAGCGGUGACCCAGGAGUUAAGGUUUGUGUCCCCUUACUCAUUGGAGACAGGCAACCUGUCCAGUUAGCUUCUGGCCCGCCAGAGCUCCAGUGUAUCAGGGCUCGGACUAAAGUGUGUUCUUGGAGCCCGGAGAUUUCAACCGCCCAGCAUGGGAUCGCUGAUGCACGGUGGGAUUUGCAUUUUGUUCAAGAUCAGUAGAAGCCCCUAGGAGUCAGAGCAGGAAACCAGGCAGCUCGGAGGCCUCUUGCUCACCCACCUCCUCUGUGACUUGGAGCUGCCUGUGGGCAUGUCUGGUCCCCAAAUUUGCACUGUUUAAUGCCAGUGGUUUGAAACUGGUGGAACUAAUGUAGUGCAGCCUCCCAAGUGUAGCAGUCAUUGCCAGGAACGAGCAUCUCUACCCUGAUAUAACUGCGAUCUGUUCUCAUGCUGCUGCAGCUGAGUGGCUCUGGCAUCAUGAAGCAGUUUGAUCUGAAACAGGGGCAUUGGUACAGUCUGCUGCAGCCAACAGACUGAGCACAUGAUUUAGGGGGUGCACAGAGAUGGGGAGAAUCACUGUCUAUGUUCCUCAGCAGUAGGGUGACCUGGCUCAAGGCAUCUCAGCGGUAUCCCUGCUGCUCCCUUGACGGCAUCCGAGAUGCCGGAAGGCCCGUCCGUGAGGAAGUUCCAGUUGCUGACCUCACCUUUCGUGGGGCAGGUGGUGGCCAAGGCAGGAGGAAGCAGCCGACAGAUUAGCCUGAAUGAGCUGCAAGGACUGGAGCUCCGGGACUCCCAGGCCCAUGGAAAGAACUUGUUCCUGGCAUUUGGCACUGCUGUGGAAGCACAGGUCCUGCCUGGAGGGCCGUCUCCGGCACCUGUGGACGAAGAGGCAGCUGUCCCGGCAGAGGCUGGCAGUGGGACACAUGCCCAGGAGGGACAGGCGUGGGUGGCUUCUGACCCACAGAGAAGUGCGGAGGAGCAGCAUUUGCAAAGGGAGCAGGGGCCUGAGCACUCGACGCCUGAGGACCAGGAUGCGGCCGUCGGCUCUGGGAGUUGGCUGCGCUUCCAUUUCGGCAUGUUCGGCAGUGUCCGGGCUAACGAGUUCUCGAGAGCUAAUAAGGCAAACAAGCGAGGGGACUGGAAGGACCCUGUGCCCAGGCUGGUCCUGCACUUUGCGAACGGGGGCUUCCUCGUCUUCUACAACUGCCGAAUACACUGGAGCUCCUCUCCGACGGCCAAACCCACCAUUGACAUCUUGUCUGCUGACUUCCAUCGGGGGCAGGCUUUGGAAGCCCUUCGCCGGCCGAUGCCCGUCUGCUACACCCUUCUGGACCAGAGAUAUUUCUCGGGUCUGGGGAACAUCAUUAAAAAUGAGAUCUUGUACUUGGCGAAGAUCCACCCGUUAUCACAAGGGUCCCUCUUGGCUCCCUCCGAUCUCGACGCCUUGCUUGAUCAUGCCGUUCAGUUCAGCACCCACUGGCUGCAUAAGAAAUUGCAUGGAGAAAGAUUACACCCUCAGAUCUACCAGAAGGAGAAAUGUCCUUUUGGGCACAUGGUGAUGAAGGGAACUCUCGGUCCCCCACAUGGGCUUCAGAGACUUACCUGGUGGUGCCCUCAGUGCCAGCCUCGUGUGCCAGCAGAAAGUAAAGGUCAUCCUCCUGUGUAUACCCCUAUAUCUUCCAGCCUUUAAAGGGAUUAAGAACAUGCUGUCCUUUCUUUGAGAACAUUGCAUGAGGCUGAGGAUGGCUUGCAACAAGCUCUCAGUUGCACUGAGCAGAAAUCGCUUAUCUGCAAAGACAGAAAAUCAGAGAAAAUUCAGUUUGUUAAAAAGAGAUGAAAGGGUUUCUAUGUCCAUGUUGCAUUGCAGGGAUCAGUGCAGCAAGCAAAGGGAGUUCUCUGCAACAGUUGAAAAUACUCAGUACCGAUUUGUGGAUAAGGGGUUUAAUAUGUAGCAAUUGAAAAGAAGUUAAUUGUUAAUAUGUUAAAUGUUAAUUGUUAAUAUGUUAAAUAUGUCAUGACCAUAAAGCAGCAUCAGUAGCAUCAGCGUAAUAGCUGUUCUCCUGAUCACCUUGUUUUUAUGUUGAUGUUCUCCUGCUCAUCUUAUCUAUUUUGUCUUUAUUAGGGAUAGGAAAUCAGGUCUUGUCAUCAUUACGGAGUUAAACGAGGUCGUCUUAAGCACCUCCUUGGAAGAACCUAUAACCAACACCUGAACAUCUGUGUUUGCUAGGCCUCUGUGUCUAUGCACAACAAUUAGUCAGGUUUUAUUUAUGACUCCCUGUAAAUAACAGACUUGCAGUCGAUGUUUCGCUCUUUCUGUGUAGCCAACUUCAAGCAA